CUUGGGGGACCACGGACAAUGGCGACUGAAAAUGUCUGGCGCUUUUAUGACGCCGCCCGAUCAAGAAGACCGUAGCCGGUUGGCUUCGCCACAUCUGAGCCUUCCCAUCAGAAGGAGAGCGAGACUGAGAACGUCAUGGACCGACUAGCUACAGGAGCACAGAUCAUCCCCAUGGAUGGACCUGCCCACGAUGAGCGUGCCCCCUCUGAGGAGGACGGCUUCGCUCCGGGCGAUGAGGAUUCUGACGGGGAACCCAAUGCUUGGGAGCUGCCGGAAGGGGAUUCCGGUUGCCUGCCCAAGGAACAGACGGCAGACCUCUUUACGGAGGACUGGGACUUGGAGUUGAAAACAGAUCAAGGAAAUCCCUAUGAUGCUGACGACAUCCAGGUGAGCAUUUCUCAAGAGAUCAAACCUUGGGUGUGCUGUGCCCCACAAGGAGACAUGGUCUAUGACCCCAGCUGGCACCACCCCCCUCCGCUGAUACCCCAUUACUCCAAGAUGGUCUUUGAGACGGGGCAGUUCGAUGAUGCUGAAGACUGAGUUCUGCUGUUCUGCCUCAUGGUGGGGUGGGAGCACCCCACAAGGGUCUCCGUCGUGUCGUCUAGGGGGAGGACUGCGUGUCUGGGGAAGCAUCCUGAAGGAUUUUCGAGUCUGGGUGCCUAGACUGGUGUUACGUAAGCUUCCCCCUGUGCUCUCGUCGUUUUAUUCUCCUCGGCCUCCUCGGAAUGCGUGUUGUGUCUGCAUCUAGAGGAGUCAUGUUCUUUAUAAAUAAAAGUAAGGGGGAAAAAGUCAUGA